AUGGCUGAUAUCGACAAAAAAGGCCCGACGGGGUUACAUCCGACUGAGGAUACCCUUGGCUCAGACAAGAAACCAACAUCAGUCACGUCGGCUACAGCUCCGACGGAUGUAAAGUCACCAGACCAUGCCACAAGAAAUCAGCCAAAGACCGGCGCCGACGCUGCCCUCGAACUGCUCAAUGAGACCGGAUGUCUGGACCGAACGAUCGAUCCGGAGCUCAAACAAAGACUCAAGCGCCGUAUCGACACCCAUAUCAUGCCUCUGAUCUGCAUCGUCUACUUCUUGCAGUACAUCGAUAAGACGGCUAUUUCCUACGCCAGUGUGACCGGCAUCCAAAAAUCCACCGGCCUUCACGGCAACCAGUUCAACUGGGUUGCGUCUAUCUUCUUCUUUGGCCAGCUCGCAUUCGAGUUUCCCACCAUCCGCCUCAUCCAGAUGUUCCCUCUGGCUAAGUAUACCUCAGUUAACGUCACCCUGUGGGGCAUUGUCUUGGCUUGUCUUGCGGCAUGCAAGAAUUAUUCUAGUCUUCUCGUCUGCCGGUUUCUUCUCGGCGUCUUCGAGGCUGCGGUUGUCCCAGCCUGGGUUCUCUUUACCUCGCAGUGGUACACCAAGCAAGAGCAGGCCUUCCGUGUCGGCAUCUGGUUUUCGGUAUGCGGCGCAGCUCAGAUGUUUGGCGGUUUCUUCGCAUACGGCGUUGCAGUCCACGUUGGAAAAGACCCCAAUGCCGCUCUCCGCGGGUGGCAGGUCAUCUUCCUGUUUCUCGGCCUCCUAACAGCUGUCGUCGGAAUCGCCUUUUGGUUCAUCAUGCCAGACUCGCCCGCUUCCGCCAAGUUUCUAUCACAGGAAGAAAAGGCAACCCAUCUGGAGCGCAUCCGCGACAACGAGCAAGGUAUUGGCUCGCAGCAGUUCAAGUGGUAUCACGUCAAGGAGGCUCUGCUAGACACGAUGACCUGGCUGUACGCCUUCUGGAUUUUCGCGGCGAAUAUCCCCAACUCCACGGCGACUAGUUUCGGCAACAUUCUCGUCAAGGGCAUGGGCUACACGAGUGAAGAGUCGUUACUACUUGUGACCCCACUCGGCGCAUAUGAGAUUGUCGCAUUGGUCAGUCUGACGUGGUUGGCGAUGAAGACAAGACAGCGGCUUUACUGGUGCAUCGCCGGGCACAUCCCUGCCAUCAUCGGAGCAAUCCUGAUGGCGACGACAUCAAAGGUACCCGCCUUGAUCGGAUACUACACUUCAGGCGGUAUCCCGAUCGGAUGGACGACAAUUCUGGGUCUCCAGAGUUCCAACGUUGCCGGUUCCACCAAAAAGAUCACCGUUGCAUGCAUUGGCACCAUCGCAUAUACCGUUGGUAAUAUCAUCUCGCCCCAGACUUUUCAAGCCCGAGAUGCGCCGAGAUAUCUGCCUGCCAAGAUCUCGAUUUGCAUCAUCUAUUUCUUGGUUACAGUGGAUCUUUUUGUGAUGCGUUGGGUGCUGGAUAGAAGGAAUAAGAAGCGUGAUGCUGAGAAGGCUGCGCUUGGGGACACCUACAAGGUGGAAGAGAAUCACGAGUUCUGGGAUCUUACGGAUCUUGAAAAUAAGGAGUUUCGGUAUGAGCUCUGA